UUACUUGUAGAUACACACUAAUCAAAAUUCCAUACUAUCAUUAUAUAUUCUCUCACUUUCUUAUACACUCUCUUACUCUCUCUUUUCUCUUUGGCAAUAAUAAUGGGUGUGAAGGUGUAUGGACUCCCAAUAUCAACAUGCACAGCCACAGUUUUGACUUGUUUGCAUGAAAAAGAAGUUGAGUUUGAGCUUCUUCUUGUUGAUCUCUUUGUUGCUGAGCACAAACAACCUCCUUUCCUCUCUAAAAAUCCAUUUGGGCAGAUCCCAGUGCUUGAAGAUGAUGAUCUUACUUUGUUCGAAUCUCGAGCAAUCUCAUCAUACAUAGCAGAGAAAUACAAGGACAAUGGAACAACAGAUCUCCUAAGACAAGGAGACCUAAAAGAAGCAGCAAUAGUUAAAGUAUGGAUGGAAGUAGAAGCACAUCAAUACAACCCUGCAAUUCAACCAAUCAUAUACCAAUACUUUGUGGCUCCAAUACAAGGCAAAACUCCUGAUCAAACAAUCAUCGACGAUAAUCUUGAUAAACUUGGUAAACUACUUGACAUCUACGACGAAAAGCUAAGGUCUACCAAGUACUUAGCUGGGGAUUACUACACCUUAGCAGAUCUUCAUCAUCUUCCUUACACUCAUUAUUUCAUGACUACUCCUUUUGCUACGUUAAUUGAUAGCCGCCCUAAUGUUAAGGCUUGGUGGGAGGAUAUUUCUUCUAGACCGGCUUUUAAGAAAGUUUCUGAAAAUAUGAAAUAUGGGGAGAAUUAAAUUAGUUAUAAUACAAAGUUUGGGGGAAUUUAAUUAUUUCUAAGAACAAUUGAUUUAUACUUGUUUAAGUGAGUAAUGUUGAGAUGAUCUAAUGAAUGUUGCAAAUUUUUGUUUGGUAAAAUGUAAACUUUUUUUUUUUUUUUUUUAAAUAUAAUUUAUAGUUUAAUGUUGUUAUUAAUUACUUUUAUUUCUCUUUGAUUUCAUAAAUAAAUAUACCUACUUUGGUUGAAUGAUUAAUUGUACCAUAGUUUUAUUUUCAUAUUUCAUAUGUACCCAGCUUUUGAUGUACCCAUCUGCUUUUUUUUAGGAUAAUA